ACCCCCCAGUGGUUAACGGAUGCCCAUCAACGAUUGUUCUGUCAGCUCCAGCAGGAGCAACAUCAGCUACAGCCACAUGGACACCACCAACUGCAUCCGAUGCCGAAACGUCCGCGACAAUCAUCAGUGAUGCAAACCCUGGUAUUUCUGUGCCAGUGGGAGGAAACCGCUUGGUCACUUACACAGCCAGUGACGUCAAUGGUCCAAGCAAUCUGCUCUUUCAAUAUCAUUGUGUCAGGAACUGCUGGAAACCAGGCACCGCAGCUUUUCAAUUGCCCAGCAUCUGCUUCUGGGGUUUUAAUUCCACCAGCAAACUCAGUUGCUGUUCUCUGGACACCACCCACUGCAACCGAUGAUUCUGGCACACCAGCUUUAACAAGUACUUUCCAACCUGGCAGUCAGUUUUUUGUUGGUGUAACUCCUGUUACGUACACAGCAAGGGAUGCAGCUGGGCUGGCAACUAGCUGUUCCUUCCAGGUCACAGUUACACAAGGUACUACUGGCAACCAGCCGCCUCAACUCUUCAACUGCCCGCAGGUUAUAACUCGAGACUUGCCAUCUACCUCAAAUCAAGUGUCUGUUUUCUGGACAGCACCAACUGCAACUGAUGAUUUUGACACACCAACUGUGACUCCUUCGAUUCAACCUGGCAGUUCAUUUCAGGCUGGUUCAACCCCAGUUACAUACACAGCAACAGACUCAGCUGGCCUCUCAACUACCUGUUCCUUUUCUGUCAUAGUUAUAGAUGUAACAGACCCAAUGUUGGUGGGAUGUCCAUCUGGGGCUACAGGAAUGCUUCUCCCUGGACAAAGCCAAACUACAGUAACUUGGAAUCCGCCCACUUCGUCGGACAACUCUGGACAAUCCACACAGACCUCUACUUAUAGCCCCCCUGCUUCCUUUCCGUUUGGAAACACUCAAGUCACGUAUACUGUGACUGAUGAUGCAGGGAAUUCUGCUAUGUGUACUUUCACUGUCACAGUUACCUCUCAAAGCACAGACACAACUCCACCAGAAAUCGUUUGUCCUGGCAACCAGGAGGUAUUAGCACCAAACGGCCAAAGUGUUUUGGUGAAUUGGAACCAACCAACACCUAAUGAGCAGGCUACAUUAGUAGCAAGCAGGACUUCCAACACACCCUUUAAUGUUGGAAGAUAUGCUGUAGUGUACACGGCGACCGAUCCAUCUGGCAAUGUUGGACAGUGCUCCUUCUAUGUCACUGUGACAGCUAAUGAUGGAAGAGCACCUCCUGUCAUUAAUAAUUGUCCGCAAGAUGCCCAGACGAUUGUUUACGAAACAUAUAAUAGCGUUAACUGCAGCGCUCGAUACACAGAGCCUUCUUCAAUUCAGGCUGGAGUUGCAGUCACAGUCUCUCCUGCUAACAGCUCACCACUGAAUAACUAUGCAAUCGGCGAUUAUCUGAUUGUGUACUCAUUCACCAACCAGCAGGGAUAUCAGACAGACUGUGCUAUAGACCUUUCUGUUAUACAGGGUGUUAACAUUUGCCGAUGUAACCCCUGUCCCGAUCCGGCUUGCUACUUCAAUCCAAAUGAUGAUCAGGAGUUCUACUGUCCCAAUGCACAGACACAAGGAAGAAGGAAAAAGAGGAAAGCACACUGGGAGGAAACUGUUGAACACCAGCUUGAGUUCACCUGCGCAUGUGAACAUGGAGGACGCUGUUUGGAGACACCUGAGGGAGAUGUGACCUGCCAAUGCCGACCGGGAUACUCAGGAAUCCUCUGUCAACAUGAUGAUAUCCUGAAAGUUGAUGUUCCACCUGCGUUGCUUGGUGAAGAUGCCUGCUCCUCAUCCCCUUGUCUUCAUAAUGGUACCUGUAUAGUCCAGAUCCAGGAACUUUACACCUGUUUCUGCCUAUCAGACUGGACUGGGCAAAAUUGCGAGUCAUACUUUGAGGUACACCACAACUUUGGUGGACAUCAGGACUUGGAAAGAGUUGAAGACAGGUCUGGCUUUAUGAACUGGCCUACCUUAGCAGCAAUGGGCCUGCUUGUCCUAGUAAUCUUAAUCCUCUCCAUCACUAUCUGUAGGAUUAUGCCCCGCAUAUCUGGUAGGACCAAGACCCGCCCAGAUGAAGUAGCAUUUGUCAACUAAAUGCACACAACCAUACUUGUACAUGUUUAGUUUAAACACUCCCAAAAGGAGUUUAAAUGAGGUUAACAUUGCAAGAUUUGUACUUAUGGCAGCAUAAUAUUUGGCAUUGUGCUGAAGACCAGGGUACUGUAAUUUGUUUUUCUGAAUGAAAGAAAGUAUUUACCGGUGAUAUGAUAUAUACUAGCAAUGAUAUGAUGUGUAGAAUCACCAUUAAAAUAACCAAUGUCAAAGAACUGCAUAUCAUUUAAAUAUAUUAAUCUAAUAACUAACCAUUAAGUUGGUACCCCCACUUAUUGGAGCGACAUAUGUUUGUAUGUAUAAUUAAACAAUUCAAUGUUAUUUUAGCAAUCAUGCAUCUAUCUUACUCUUCCAUAUCGUAAUUCUGUACAGGCUACAAGAAUGUCAGAUUGGAGCUCUAUUUGUUUCAAAUUGUUCUGUACAUUCUUGGCUUGAAAUAGAAAUAGUGGUGUACUGAAUGAUGCAGAAUAAAUAUUUGGUAUUAUAUCUAUUAUAUUACAUUACUCAGAACAUAUUUUACAUCUUCAAAUGUUCUCAUUAAAUUUAUCAUGUUGUUUUGCUCAUACAUGUACGUGUAUAUUGUACUAAUUGCCUUUAUUUUUAAUCCAAGCUGUUAGAUUUUUUGAUGGGAAGAAAUGAUUACUCAAUAUCAAUCAUGCCAUUUCUUUUUGUAUCAUAUUUGUAUCGUGGUAGAGGGAUUUUCUUAUUUUAAUUCAUGUUUAGCUAUCACAAGAAUAUUCUGUACGGGACUCUCUUUCUGAUAAUGAUAACUAACAAUCACAUGCUGAUUGCAAAUCCUGAAUAGAGUUUGUCAAUAUGAACCUUAAUGUUUUGUGUUUUGUAGUCGCACUUGCUUUAGACUUUGAUGUAAGCAAUAGCUGGUCUCUGUGCUUUUUAUCAAAAUUAAAUCAUGUGUUUAACUGACAAUUUCAGAUGUUUACUUUUCUGAUUUGUCGAUUUAUAAAUGUGAUUUAAUGCAGCACAUGAGGAACCAGAGUUUUGUAGAAAUUCAACAGACAACUUAUAUUCUGUAUUCAUGGUCUUUCAUAUUUGCAUGGCAACGUGUUGCUCUUUUGUCUUUCUUUUAAUGCAGUUGGUAAAUGUAUUCUUUCAGAUUAAUAGAAAUAUUCUCUAUUUUAGAUGGUGUUUUAUGUUAUAUAUAUGUAUGUCCAGAAGAGAAUGAAGAAUUGCUAUACUCUUUGUUUCACAUUAUCAAUUGUGAGAAUCAGUGUCUUUCCAUUGCACAUUAUAUUCAGGUUACCAAUUAUAGGUACGUAUAGCUUUUUUUUGUUUAUUUAGAACAUUAUUAUUCUUGAUUUGUCUUAAUGUUACAAAUUGUUGAGUAAAUUUGUUUACAUAUUGAACCAGGUGUAUAAAGAGACACGUGUAACAUGAAAAUAGAAUACUAUUCACUAGUUAUGGUAUCUUUAUGAUAAGCAUUCAUUCCCAAUUUUAUGCAAGUAUUUUCUGAAAUUACAAGGACACUCACAAUUAACAAUUUUUUUGUCUUCCAUUUUCAUUUCAUGCACUUUUUGAUAAAUACUGUAAUGGUGGAGAAUACAUUUUAAACCUGUCUUUUAUUGGUUUCUAAUAAAGCAGUGCUGCUUUGGAAGCGAUA